UUUAAGAUUCACAUUCGAGUCGGACAACAAGAUGAGAUCGCAGCCAAUACUUGGACUGAGCGCAGUGGUGCUCCUGCUUUGUGCUGCAUCAGCAGUAAAUGCUCAGAAGACAUAUGAUGGACGCGAUGGUCCGCACGUAUUUGGCCCACCUGGACAGCAGGUUUAUAUACGUGGUCAGAAUGAGGGCCCCUACCAAGUACCCGGUGUGGCCGGCACAUUCCAGAAUUCACCGAGACAGGGACAGCAUGUCUAUAGGGAUGAGGGGGACAACACCUAUGUGAAUCAGAAGGGUGCAGGCAGACCAGCAGCAGCAGUAAAUGAUCAGAAGACAUAUGAUGGACGCGAUGGUCCGCACGUAUUUGGCCCACCUGGACAGCAGGUUUACAUACGUGGUCAGAAUGAGGGCCCCUACCAAGUACCCGGUGUGGGCGGCACAUUCCAGAAUGCACCGGGACAGGGACAGCAUGUCUAUAGGGAUGAGCAGGGCAACACCUAUGUGAAUCAGAGGGGUGCAGGCAGACCAACAGCAGCAGUAAAUGAUCAGAAGACAUAUGAUGGACGCGAUGGUCCGCACGUAUUUGGCCCACCUGGACAGCAGGUUUACAUACGUGGUCAGAAUGAGGGCCCCUACCAAGUACCCGGUGUGGGCGGCACAUUCCAGAAUGCACCGGGACAGGGACAGCAUGUCUAUAGGGAUGAGCAGGGCAACACCUAUGUGAAUCAGAGGGGUGCAGGCAGACCAAGUGGACACACGAUAAGUGGCCCUAACCUUGUUGCACACCGUGGCGAGCCGACUGCUCCAGCACAUGCUGGCCCAUACAAUAGGCCACCACGUGGCGUUGUCGUCAGUCGGCCGGAUCGAGUUGUUAUUGCCGGCGGUGGUGACUACCAUGUCGUCCGCAAUCGUCGUGACUUUCACGUCUCUCGCCCCGAUCGCACCGUAGACUACGGUAGCGAUGGUAGUUUCGUCGUCCAGCGUGGUCGUCGCAGUCCACAUUCCGUACACGUGUCUCGCUCCGAUGGACGCUCCGUCGACUACAGUCCCGGUGGUUUCCUUGCCCAAGGUCGGGAUGGGCGUACCGUUGUCCACUCCCGCCACAGACGCGCCAGAGUCCAAGGCGAGAAUUUUGUGGCUCGCGAUGAUCAGGCCGGUGUGUGGGACGGCGAAGUUUCGGUGUGGAAACGUCCCGAUGGUCGCACCGUUACCGUCGGCAAGGAUGGCAGCGUCAUCACCUCUGGCAGUCCCAAUGGACGCGGUCCACAACGCUAUUCCGGCUAGAGAGGGGAUAGCGAUAAAGACGCAUUCUUUUGGAAACUAAAAAUAUUGAUAAUGUUGUUUGUAAAAAGCAAAUAAAUUAAUUAAAAAAUUUGUAUUUAGUAGCGCUUCUCAGAAUAAAUAAUAGGGCCUCAGGCCUCAUACAUUAGCCUUUGCGCAACAAAAG